UCCACCACUCUCUUCCUUCGUUAACAAUGAUUCGAUUUAAAAACAUGUCCCAACAUGUUGACCCAAGACAGAGAUGAAGAGCUAGUUUUGUUCCUGGAGAUAGGUCGUCUCGAGAAAAGUCACCAAGCUUCACUUCUAACGAAAUUUUCAGAUCAUUGUAAGAGUAAUACGACAUCCAUGUCGUCUCAACAAUAUCCACCCCUGAGAACUGCCGCCGAUAAUUUUUUGUACUCCGAAGACGAGAAGUCCGAUUACGAUUGGCUGGUUACGCCACCAGACUCACCGAGUAAAAGCUCAGUGAACCAACUCGAUGCACCCGAUGCCACCUUGACGAUGGCUCUUAAAUCCCGGUUAGAGAGUUGUCGUGAAGAAGAGAGGGACAGAGCAUCAUCCAAAAAACAAACAAUUGGGCUCAAACGACCCACGUCCUCUAACAGCUCAAGGUCAACGAGUAGACCUUCUACACCAGCCAGAAGGUCCACAACGCCAGCCACAAGGUCAACGACUCCGACUUCGCGUGUCACCUCAAAAGGUGCGCGUGCUAACUUAACCUCGUCAUCUACUAGCAGCGUAAGACCAACGAGCAGACCUUCUACGCCAACCAGAAGGCCUUCUAGCUCUGGAACUUCACGUGCCACAUUAACCUCGUCUUCUACUAGCACCGUAAGACCAACGAGCAGACCUUCUACGCCACCAAGAAGGCCUUCUAGCUCUGGAACCUCACGUGCUAAUUUAACCACUUCCCGUGCCACCACCGGUACAGCCACGUCUACACGAUCCAUCAUCAGGCCAAUCUCGGCACCAAGUACAAAACCGGGGUCUAGGUCAAGUACUCCAACUCGCCGUCCACCAACUCUGACAGGUUCAUUAACUGUAUCGAGAAGUAAACCAACUAAACCAGUAUGUAAACCAGCUCCCUCACCUACAUUGAGAUCACGGCCAUGGGAACCUUACGAGAUGCCUGGUUUCUCUCUAGAAGCGCCGUCAAAUCUCAGGACUACGUUACCAGACAGACCACAAACGGCGUCAAGUCGUAGAACCACAGCGUUUGGUGCGUCUAGUUCGAGAUCAUCGUCCAUAGAACGCACAGUUGCAAGGAGGCAGUCUUGUUCACCUUCUAGAAACCGCGCUCCCAUUAGUAACGCAAACAGACCAGCUGGACGAUCAAAGACAAGCAAUGAUGAAGGUGAGCUGAUCAGUCCUGUAGCUAAGGGGGCUCAAAUGAUCGAGAGAGUUGUGAGCGUGAGAAAACUUGCUCCACCGCGACUGACAGAAAAAGGCGGCUCCAACGCUGGGAAGUCGAGUUCGGGAGCUGAUGGUGUUGGGUUUGGGAGAAACCUAUCUAAAAGCUCCUUCGAUAUGGCCUUGAGGCAUAUGGAUAUCAAACAAGGGAGCAUGAAAGGCAAUUUCCGACAGCUAGCGACAAAAGUACCGGCAGCUUCAUUGUACAGUGUGAGGUCAUCAGGGACCAGGAGAAAGCGUCCGGUGAGCAGCAGUGGGAGCUCGGAAUCAUCGAGUGUUAACAUCUUGUGCUUGGACGGUAGCGAUGAUAAUCUCAGCGACAUAAGCCACUAGAGUCAACUCAACAUCAUUUUCUUCUUUUCAUUUGCAUAUUAUCUUUCUGUUUUAGUAGAAAAUAACUCUAUAAAUGCUCUCGAGUGGUUUCUUGGUGAGGCUAAAGAUAUACUUCCUGGUAUUGUGUACAUUUGUUUACCUAAGGAUUAAGUG